AUGAAAACGAAGGUGAUUGGCUGGAAAGCCUCCGCUGAUGUGACGUCUUUGUUGGCGGAAGAGUGGAAGCCAGGCGGAUGGGCGUGGCUCACAGGAAUGGCGAACGAGAGCGGGUGUGGACCGGAGAGCCCGGCGAAACCGGAGCCACAGGGACCGGGUCGGGGUCCCGCCAGGUGGGGCCCCCAGCAUGCCGGAGCCCGUGAGCUGGCGGAGCUCUACUCCCCAGGGAAGCGGCUGCAGGAGUGGAUCAGCGUGCUCCUCUGCUUCUCUCUCAUGGCCUUUAACUUCUUUCACCUUCUUGCCAACUUCCACUUUGGACACUUUUGGAGCGUGGUGAUCGGAAUCGUGGCGGGAAUCCUCACGGCCGAUUUCGCCUCUGGACUGGUCCACUGGGGUGCCGACACCUGGGGGUCCGUGGACCUCCCCAUCGUGGGAAAGGCCUUCAUCCGUCCAUUCCGAGAGCACCACAUCGACCCGACCGCCAUCACACGCCACGACUUCAUCGAGACCAACGGAGACAACUGCAUGCUGACCAUCAUCCCCCUCGCCAACAUGGCGUACAACUUCAUGAGCCUCUCCCCUGCCGAGGUGUACCGUCUCUUCCCCUGGUACUGCUUCCUGUUUGCUCUGGCCAUCUUCGUGACCCUGACCAACCAGAUACACAAGUGGUCUCACACCUACUGGGGCCUGCCUGGCUGGGUGGUCUUCCUGCAGAACUGCCACAUCAUCCUGCCCCGCAAGCAUCACCGGAUCCACCACGUGUCGCCGCAUGAGACCUACUUCUGCAUUACCACAGGCUGGUUGAACUACCCGCUGGAGCGACUGGGCUUCUGGAAGAAUCUGGAGGACCUGAUCCAGAGCGUGACGGGGGAGAAGCCGCGGGCCGACGACCUGCGCUGGGCCCAGAAGACCAAGUGACCUCUGCGACGCCGCUCUGCUCACGGCUCCACCCCCUCCUCACAGCUCACCUCGCCUCAGACUGAAGCUCUUGUUUAACGGUUAAGUUGUAUUUGCUUCGGCCUUCACUGCGUCUCACUGACAGACUGACCUGCUGCCAUCUUGUCUGACCGAGUCACCCGCCGGCAGAGCCGCGGCCCCACACCAGGGCGCGACUCUGUCGGCGAUGUCGUGCUUUUUCCCUACGAGUUCAUCAGCUCGGUGUUUCACCGGCGAGUUGGUGUCACUGUGCCAACCAUCCCUCGGAGGGCGGGGCAUCAGCGCGGGGACUUGUUUAAGGGCUUUACUCGUCUAGAAGCUUCGGUCAAUUGAACUAUGCAGAGUAAAAGAAUCACCUCAUCUCAUCUGUGUCUGGGAUCUGACGGAGCUUUAAAUGGCGGCGACCUCGCUGAGGUCUGGACGACGGAGAUGUGUCCAUCCUUUUUCUUUCUUUCUUUCUUGACACAAGCCAAACUGUUUAAGCCUUCAUACUUGAUGAUGUCACGGUGAUCAGCUUGUAGUUUAGACCUUUAGAGCAACAGAAGCGCCUUGCUGCUGCAGUAUCGCUCCUCAUUCGUGUAUUAAAGUGUAAAAUAGUGAGUGGUAAAGUGGGGGGUGAAAAGGGGAGACAAAACGUGAGCCGUACCAUCCUCAGAUUCACUUUGAUCUGGAGCCUCACAGACUCACUUGCUGCUUGCCGGGUUUUCGCUCAUCACGCCCACCUUCUCCACUGAGCUACCGUGUGAUUUAGGUGAAGCUUGUUGGUGUUUUCUUCUCACUAUAUAAGGGUUGACGGUCGGAAACACUUGGCAACACUCCUGUGCGUGUGUGAGUGAGUGAAGAAGUAGAUAUCCUCUCCAAGUCCAUCUGUUCUUAAUUCUUUAAAAUCCUGAAGUUUCUCUCUUGGGCGCCACCUGUAAUGAUGCAUUCAGGUGCAUCACAUUGGCCCCUCCCACCCCCACAGUUGUUCAAUGACCCAACAGUCACCAGCGUGUGGAUGUGGUUGCCAUGGUUACGUGUGAUAUCAUGUGAUGCCUCGAUGCCUUCAGUCGUCUCAUGAGACGAAAGAUUCAAAUGUACAUUAACAUGUUUGUAAUAUUUAACUAAUAAACGCUUGAAAACUACACCAGUCGU